UGAAUGUGUCAACUGCAGAAACAAAAUAAAUACUCUCGAUCUGUGUUAUUUCUUAUUUAUUUCCUGUAGCACAUUAAAAGAAAAUUCUGAAACGAGAGUAUCGCUUUCCGAAUAAUGGGAGUUUCACUGUUACUGCUAAAACUGUUACAUUGCAAACAAAGGAAUGCCAGAAGUGCUGGUGCUAGCACCGGAGAAGAAUCGGCCGGGGAAGGCAGCUCUCGCGAUGAAAUCACCAUCAAGAAGGAAGCUACUGACGACCCUAUCUGCAGAGUUUGUUUGAAAGAAGGUUCUAUACCUAUUUGCGGUAGCGAUACCUUAGACGAUUUAACAGAAUCUUUGAGCAUUUUUGGCGGCAUCGACGUCAGAGAAGGCGACGCGUAUCCUAAGUUCCUAUGUCAGCCGUGCCACACGCUUCUUCAAGGCGCAAUAUUAUUCAGGAAAACGGCACAACAAUCCGACCAACUCUUAAAAGAUCCGCCUAGAGUCUCACCAGAUGCUGAAAACGAUAUACCAUUUGACGAUACUGAUAAUGAUAACUCUUAUGAGUAUGAAGAAACUAAAGUUUCCAAAAAACAGUAUCAUUGUAAAAGAUGUGAUAUAUCAUUUAAGAAUUUUAGGGAGUAUAAUAAACACAGAUUAAGCGAGGAACAUGAGAACAUGAGAAUUGUUUGCCCUUACUGUAAGAAAUCUUAUGCGGCUGUAUAUUACAAAAAGCAUUUAGCACUGCAUGAGCAGUCAUCGUCUCCAUAUAUCUGUGAUAUAUGCGGGAAGGGUUUCACAAUGCAAGGACCUUUCUCUCGUCACAGACAAACUCAUUUCUACAAACUGCCUUACAAAUGUACACUAUGUCCUUACAAAGGAAGAUUUCCGGAAUCUCUAAAAAUGCACAUGCGUUCUCACACAGGGGAGAAACCUUAUCAAUGUACUGAAUGCCCUUCAAGAUUUAUAAACAAAAGUAAUUUGAAUAAACAUACAUUGACGCAGCAUAAGAAGGAGCAUGCGUUUAAAUGUGACUCUUGUAGUCGAGGAUUUUACUCGAAACGAGAUUUGGAAUUACACUUGAAAGUGGAUCAUGCAGGUAUAAAAGACCAAGUGUGCAAUAUUUGUGGGAAAGCAUUUGGUUAUAGAAAACAGAUGAUGAAACAUCAGCUCAAAGUACAUAAAAGAGAAAAGAUGAGAAGUGGCAGAAUGCCUAUUUAUUUAAAAGUAGAAUCAAUGAAACAGCAAGGACAAGAUGUUGACUCUCUUGAAAACUAAUAAAAAAGGAGAUCAUUCAUUUC